AUGUUAGAACAUUUCUGUGAAUGCUAUUCUAAUCUAAGUGGUCUUAUUCUGUGUCCUGUGCUAGGAAGCAUUACUCCUCUUUUCAUUCCAAAUUCAAGAAUACGACCGAUACGAUUAAUUGGUCUGUGUGCCUCUCUUAUUACUUUUUUGUAUUCUCCUGUUCCUCGGAUACAAUUCGACUCUUCUACGGCCAAAUCUCAAUUUGUGGAAAGCCUUCGAUGGCUUCCUUAUGAAAACAUCAAUUUUUAUUUGGGUAUAGACGGUAUCUCUUUAUUCUUCGUGAUAUUGACCACAUUUCUGAUCCCUAUUUGCAUUUCAGUGGGUUGGUCUGGUAUGAGAAGUUAUGGGAAAGAGUAUAUUACAGCAUUUUUAAUUCGUGAAUUUCUAAUGAUCGCCGUGUUCCGCAUGCUGGAUCUUCUACUAUUCUAUGUUUUUCCCGAAAGCGUGCCAAUCCCUAUGUUCAUUAUUAUAGGAGUAUGGGGUUCGAGACAAAGAAAGAUCAAGGCAGCAUAUCAGUUUUUCCUUUAUACUUUACUUGGAUCUCUUUUUAUGCUAUUAGCUAUUCUGUUGAUUCUUUUCCAAACAGGAACCACCGAUUUACAAAUAUCAUUAACCACAGAAUUUAGUGAGCGGCGCCAAAUCUUUCUAUGGAUUGCUUCUUUCGCCUCUUUCGCCGUCAAAGUGCCUAUGGUACCAGUUCAUAUUUGGUUACCCGAAGCUCAUGUAGAGGCACCUACGGCAGGAUCCGUCAUCUUGGCAGGAAUUCCUUUAAAAUUUGGAACCCACGGGUUUUUAAGAUUUUCAAUACCCAUGUUUCCCGAAGCGACACUUUGUUCUACUCCUUUCAUUUAUACUUUAAGCGCGAUUGCUAUAAUAUAUACUUCCUUGACCACUUCAAGACAGAUCGAUCUAAAGAAGAUCAUUGCUUACUCCUCAGUAGCCCAUAUGAAUCUGGUGACUAUUGGUAUGUUUAGUCCGAACAUACAGGGAAUUGGAGGUAGUAUUCUACCGAUGUUAAGUCAUGGACUGGUUCCUUCAGCCCUUUUUCUAUGUGUUGGUGUUCUAUAUGACCGACAUAAGACUCGACUUGUUAGAUAUUACGGAGGUUUAGUGAGCACCAUGCCGAAUCUCUCUACCAUUUUCUUUUCUUUUACUUUGGCCAAUAUGAGUUCACCUGGUACUAGCAGCUUUAUCGGGGAAUUUCCCAUCUUAGUAGGAGCUUUCCAAAGAAAUAGCUUAGUAGCCACAUUAGCAGCGCUUGGGAUGAUUUUAGGUGCGGCCUAUUCCCUUUGGCUAUAUAAUCGUGUGGUUUCUGGAAAUUUAAAACCCGAUUUCCUCCAUAAAUUCUCCGAUUCAAAUGGCAGAGAAGUUUCCAUAUUUAUACCUUUUCUUGUUGGACUCGUUCGGAUGGGUGUUCACCCCAAAGUGUUCCCGGACUGCAUGCAUACAUCCGUAAGUAACUUAGUGCAACAUGGCAAAUUUCAUUGA